ACAUACUGUUAACUCUUUGGUAGGACUAGGAUGUAUAUAAUAUACUUCAAGGACACUUCAAUUCAAGUGAAGACAAAAAUUCAUAAAAUUCAAAAUUAUUUACAGCCAAACAAUGAAUUUUAAUUUAAAACACAAAAUUUUAUGAGCUUGUGAAUUUAAUAGAAUGUAUUAAACAACCCAACGUGAAUAAAUACAAAUUUUGAAGGUGUUAAGAUCACAGCCACCAGUCACCACAGCUUACAGUUUUAUUUCUAAAAGUUUAUUAACAUACAAUGGCAGAAUGGAAACACUUAAUUACUGAAUGGCUUAGCGAAUAUGCUGCCUUGAGAGAAAAUGAAAUAAAAAGUUUUGCAGCUGAGCAUGAACACAAUCAUGAGAUAGCAACAGCACUAUUUAAUCUUUUAUACAGAGAAGAUGAAAAGGAAGGAUUUGCUAACAUAAAAAACCAAGAUGAUGAUCUUGAUCAACAGAUGUUAGAAAAUGUUUGUAUACAACUAUUUAGUUUCUAUCGUUCAAAAGAAGUAGAACUCCAGAGAUUCACGCUGCAAUUUGUUCCAACUUUAAUCUAUCGAUACUUAAGUUCAGUUGCUCAAAGCAUUACAAAAUCAUGCAGGUGCAUUGAAACCUUACUCAUAGGUCUGUAUAACUUUGAAGUUGUUGAUGAAAAUGGCAAACCAAAAGUUGUUUCCUUCAGAUUACCCUCUUUAGCUCAAGCAUCUAUAUAUCAUGAGCCGUUAUCCUUAGGAUCACAAUUUCUUACGGAAAGUGCUCUGAGGCGAUGGGAAGAGUGCAACACGAAGCUGGUGAGCUGGGGCCCUCACGCUCAGGUGGAGGUGAUCAAUGCACAAAACCGCCUGAAAGUCAUGGCAGCUCUCUUCUUUGUUUACAAUCGCCAACUGAGUCUUUUGCCAAAGCUUGCAUUAAGGCAUUUUUGUAUUGCUUCAUCCAGAAUAGUUACACAAGGAUUCCAUAAAAAAGUUGCUUCAAGUUCAAAAUCAAUUCCAAGGAUACCAGUGUCUUCAAACUUUCUCCUAGAAAUGAUAGAGGGUGCAUAUUUUGCAAUGUUUAAUGAAUUCUACACGUUAGCUCUCCAAGCUAUAAAGGAUAUAGACAAGCGAGCGCAAUACGAGCUCCUUCCAGAUGUCAUGCUGGUCACCAGUGCUGUCAUUAACUCAAUGAAGAAUAAUCCAUCUGGUCAACCAUGUGAUGGCCCCAUGGGUAUCAGCGUGGCGCUGUCACCUGCCACCACAACAGUAACUAUGUCUAAAUCAAUGAUAACCAAUGCAUCAUUCCGCACUAAAAAGUUACCAGAUGACAUUCCUAUCCAAGCUGGUCAAGUAGUGCCAACGGACUCGGCAGACUUGCUCACUUCGAUCAUAGAAGAGGCAGAAUCGGACGCUGCUCCUAUACAACGAGGCGCCGGCGUGCGCAACUCUAAACCGAAGCUGAGCUCAUUUCCUGUACUCGGCAAAAAGAAAGAAUCUAAAGACAAAACAGGGGCCUCCUCUGACAAGAAAGUUACCGUCAAAGACUCAUCGAAGGGAAUAUGGAACUCCCUCAGCGGUGGUGGAGACAUGGUCGAUGCACAACAAAAACCUAACGUAAUAGAAACUUUCGACGGCAAUGGCAGCCUCAAAGACGAAAUUUCUAUGACUUCAGCCCACAACAGCGCCGAAAACUCUGACUCACGGUCGCAGUUGACGACUGACUCUUUGGAUAUAGAGACCACGCCGCGAUUCGCGGCCAUGCAAGUUAGUUCGGUGUAAAAUUAUGCCGCCUGUUACAGUAAGUAUUAUAAAGUUAAAACAUGAGUGCUUGGAAUAAUCAAGCAUAGCCGCAAUGCGUCACCGUAACUCCCCGAGUAUGGAAUACUCAAACUAUGAUUACACAAAGUAGCAUGCUAACAAUCUUACAUGUAUGAACUAUGAGGUCUUGUCUGUGUAGUGUUACAGUUAGAACUCUUAUCCUGUCAAAAGUUACUGCAAUUAUGGUUGUAAUGUACUAAUUAUGGAAAUUGGGCAAGAAUAGCUUUACUAAUAAAAAAUAUUGGGCGAUAGUGCUUUAAGCUGAAUAAUAUCGGUUACAAAAUGGUUUUAAACCCUGAGUCUCCUGAUCAGCCCCCCGAUUGUGUAAGAAAGAACGUAUUCAUCGUAAUCGAUCGAUCGUGUUAAUUAUGUCCCUUGUUUGGUUGAAUUUGCUGUUCAAAUUUUUCCACAGCCAACCAAUUACAAUGACGAUGAAUACGUUUUUCUUACACAAUCGGGAGCUGAUCUGAGUGAUUGUAAAUUGGCAACGCCAGGAAACUUGCUUUGGACUUCGCGCUUUACAAAAUUACCGACAAGACUGUGGAGUCGGUGUACCGAUAGUGUUUGGGCUACAUUCGACCUGAUUUUAUAUGGAUUAAUUAUAAUUUAUUCUAACGAAGAAGACCGGAAUUUCAGACGAAACUACUUUCGACCAACCUUUAUUAUAGUCAAAAGUAUUUUUGACUUUAAUGCAAUGAAAAGAAGUUUUGUCCGUAAAAUAGUUUUGGAGCUGUAACAUUUUAGAUGAGUAAGUAUUCCAUGUUUGGGGAAGAACCUUAAAAAACGAGCAGUGGCAACCUUAAAUAUUGUUUUGUACUUAUAUGGUGGAUGUUUGCUUUUUUAGUAAGAGGCGUUGUAAAUUGUAUUAGUAUACUAAGUCACUAUAUUGACAUUGGUAGGUGGUCUAAGCACAUAUCUAAUUAUGAAAGUAUGAAAAAAUGUAUAAACAUCAGCAAAAAUAAAAUAUAAUAUAUAAUUAUGUACCUGAACUGCAAACCUUAUUUAUUACAUCUUAUGCCGUAAGUUAAUUAUUUCGUUGAAGACGUGUCCUUUAUUUGAGUCUUCUAAUAUAUUAAUAUAUUUGUUUACUGCGGUUACGACUAUGGUUUUUGUAGCGCUGAAUGUAACAAAAAUGCCCUGUACAUUCUAUAAGUUCAAUAAAUAUAAAUAAAUAAAUACAUUUAUCAAUAUCAGAUCUAUAAGCUCUACGCCUGAGGCAAUCUAUAACCCAAACUAUUUAUUCAAUAAUUCAAUUAAGUACCUACUAAAAAAUAUUAUUUGAGCUCUUGCGAGUCAUGUGAAGAAUCUACGUAGCAACCACACACCGUCAAGGAAUUCAAAAAUCGAGCUCGCCAGAGCUCAGAAGGUGAUUUCGUGAAAUAAGGUUUUGCAGAAAGUAGAAAAUAAUAUAGACAUACAUAUUACUGAAAAUUGCAAAUUAAAUCGAUGUUCUAUAGCCUUGUGUAGAAAUGCCGGUUAGGUACGAUGAAAUUUUUGUUGUUCUUGUUUAUUGUUACCAGGGAAAUUAUUUAUUAAUAUAUUCAUGUUAAUUCUGAAAAGUU